AUGCCUACGAAUACAUCUAAACCCCUCAUUCCUCCCGAGCUGCUCGACCAGCUGAGGACAGAUCCAACGCUCGCGGUCGACACAACGAUGUCCACCACGCCCAAAUGGCACAAGAUCCGCACGAAUCUCGUCAAGAUGUUCACGCCGGGGAACAUGACCGCCGACGACAUCCUCGCCCUGGAGGGCGGCAUCCGCCCCUCUAUCCCCCAGCACAAUCCGUUCACGCCCGCCGACGCGCGGACGUGGCUGCACUACGCGGCGCACAUGGGCAGCCCCUGCGUCGCGCUCGAGAUCAUCCGCCUAGGCGGGACGAUCGACCUAAAGGACGCGCACGGGUACACGCCGCUCGCGCUCGGCAUGUGGGUGAUGGCGUCCUACGCGGUCGCGAACAUCGGCCGCCGCCGAGGGGUGUCGUGGUGCAGCGGCGCGGACCCGGUGGCCGCGGAGCGGAUGGCCGCGCGCACGAGGUGGGUGUGCCGCCUGCUCGUCGAGCAGCACGCGGACGUGAACGUCGUCGUGGACGAUAUGGCGCCGCUCGAGUACGCGUGCUUCGUGCAGGACUGGGAGAUGAUCGAGCUCCUGCUCACGCACGGCGCCGACGCGGGCAGGCGUGACAGCCAAGGACGUCUGCCCAUGGACCGGCUGAGCGGCGCCAGGGCAGACAAGAAGCGGUUUCUCAAGUUGGUUGCGGAAACGAAGGGGCGGCCGCGCCCCGCGCGCCCGUGCCCCUGCUGGUCGGGCAAGGCGCUCGCGGCGUGCCACGCCGCGGGGCCCCAACCGUACCCCGCAGAAUACACGUGCCGCUGCGGGUCGGGCAAGCCCUACGCGCGGUGCUGCACCAAGCGCGGGAUCGAGUACUGGGAGGAGUGGGACGAGAAGGACCAGUGGAUUCGCAACAGCGAGCGGAAGCGCAUCAAGCUCAAGAUGAAGGCCGGGAGCAUGGACCCGGCCGACGUCCUGCGCAUGCAAGCGAACAUGGGCCGGCUGCAGCAGGACGCGGCGUACCAGGCGGACCUGCGCCGCCUCGGGCCGCAGGGCGCGCAGGCGAUGUUUGACGACUAUUUCGGCAAGAUCGUGCGCCUGGUUAGGGAGGAGAUGGUCCCGCGCGGCGUGGUCGACCCCGCGUUCGCGUACGCCAUGCCGAAAACUCAGAUGUUGCCCCUCCCCAAGGGACGCAGCUUCUGCAGCAAGCAGGAUGGGACGGAGCUGGCGACGGCGUGGAACGCGGCUGUUGACGCGUAUAUCGUGGAGGUCACGGACGCGCGUCCGCGGGCUGAGAUAGAGCGAGCCGCGAAGAUCAACACAUACUGCGGCGCGCUUUUCCGCCGGUGCGAGGGCGCCGGCUGCGGCAGGCUGGAGGGGCGGGACGUCGAGCGCCUGAAGCUGAUAGAAGGAGUCGGGAAGGCUGUGUAUUGUGGCCGGGCGUGCCAGGCUUCAGCGUGGAAGAAGCAUAAGGAAGCGUGCGAGAUGGGCGCCGGUGUGGAACAGAUGCUGCCGUCGCAGACGGCGAUUCAGGAGAGCUUGAUGCCGGGAUUGUGGAAACAAGCAUUGCGGGCCUCCGAGAACCUCCUGUCGGGGACGGCGUAAGGUGCAGGAUCUAAGGAGGUCACCGGUACCAAGUAUCCUGCACUCCAAUUCUUGUAGAGGUGACCUCAGUGGACGACCAGCGAUUGACAGCAUGGAAUCGACAGAAAAUGCCCCCAAACCUGUUAUUCAUUCAAAAUGCAUUG